CUGCUUGCAUCUCUCGUCCAGCCUCACACUCGCCACUGCACAUUUGUCGCCAUGCAGGCCCGCCACGACGACGACAUGGGCAUGGACAUGGACGGCGACGCCAUGGCGUGCUCGAUGCACAUGCUCGGCAACUGGCAGACGAUCGGCGCGUGCUUCCUCACGUCGUCGUGGCGCAUCUCGACGGAGGCGCAGUUCGCGGGCACGUGCAUCGGCGUGUUCCUGCUCGUCGUGCUCGUCGAGUCGGUGCGCCGCUGGGGCCGCGAGUGGGACCGCUACAUCCUCGCCAGCGCCCUGGCGCGCCGCCGCGACGAGCAGCGCGUGGGCAACAUGGACACCCGCGACGAGCGCCGUCAGAGCGCGGGCAAGACGGAAGACGGCGGCUCGCUCGAGGCGGCGGCUGUGCCGGAGCUGAAUGCCGCGCCGGCGGGAGCGGGUGCGCUCGCCAGGCUCGAGAGCGUCUUCUACGGCCUGCCGCGCCGCUCGGCGGGCGCCCGCACGCUGCGCCGCUCCGGCCCGCGCCGCUUCCGCCCGACGGUGCUGCAGCAGACCGUGCGCAGCCUGGUCUAUGCGACGCAGUUCGCCGGCGCGUACAUCGUCAUGCUCCUGGCCAUGUCCUUCAACGGGUACCUGCUCAUCGCCAUCGUGCUCGGCGGGCUGUUUGGCCACUUUUUCGCCACCUGGGACACCCUCGCCGUGCCUCUGGACGAAGAUGAGCAUGCCGGUCCGGUGCUACUGCGCGAGCAGCACGGCUCCUCCAGCGGCGCAUGCUGCGGCUAGCCCCUCCUCAUACCUUCCCAUGACUCAUCUGUGACAUUUGUAUGACCCCGUGACGCCUCGAGCAACCCACCUAGCGUCGUCAUGCGCAGCCAGCCGGCGUUCUUGGCCGCCUGCAGCGCGACCGGCGGGCUGACCUGCGUGUGCGCCUCUUGCA